GCUAAGAAAACUGCUCAGAUGACAGCUACGGCUCAGUGUAGCGCCCGUAGUCGGUAGAAGUUGACACGUAUAUGAACUGUGUUCGAAUCGAUUUUGAAAUACCAGUUCUGCUAUCCUAACUGCAUGGCUAUUCGUAGUGAGAAGAGCUAAGAGAAGUAGAAAAAUAAUACUAAAAAUGUGACCUAGUGGAUGGAAAUACGCAGUGUGUGGUUAUUGAAAGUUUUCGUAGUGACAUUGAACGAAACGUCACUUGUGUCCAAAUCGUGCUCAAGCACUGCAAAGCAAAUCACUCAAGAUCGUGCGACUGGUUGGUGGAUAAUCAAAUUUUCGUUGUGAUGAUUGUUUCAUUGAAUGGAGCGUACCAAGCAUGAUGCACUUCUCGAUACCAUAUUGAUUGAGUUGCAUAUGGGAGUGACAGAAUCAAGAAUAUCUUUGCCGCAUCGAAAGUGACAGCAAAGAGUGGUAGAUGGGAAUGCAUCAUCGUAAUUAUCAACUAAUGGAUUACAGUGGAAGUGACUGUGAGAAGUGCAUUCAAUAUAUUCGACACAGCAAAAUCUAUCACUUUAGUGUUGUUUGCGAAACGGUUGUAAUUGUGGUCUGAUAAAGCGUAGUUCAUACUGGAUUAAACAACAAAGGAGUGUUUGGUUCUUGUAUCAUGCCUGAGUAAACAUACUAAGAGCCUGUCAGGUUGAAAUGAAAUAAAAGAAGAAUUUUAAUAAAACACAUAGUGAAGAAAACUACAUACAUCCAACAUCGUUCUAAUCUCUCUGCGAUGACGGAAAGAAAUGCCGACAUCUAGUCACAAUAUACAAUUGGCCCCCAAUCAGCAUGGCAUUGGCAACUCAAAGUAAAGUUCAUGACACAACAACUAAGCGCCAAGAAACCGUAAUAGCAAGUCGUGCACACCGAAAAUGCACAUAGAAAAUGUUCUACGAGCAUCAUGUAUCAUUUGGGUUUCCGUCAGCUCGAGCAUUAUAAUGACCACCACGACCGAGGAGUCGGAAGCAUUGCAACCGUACUUUGACUUUGACGUGCCGCGCAAUCUCACCGUAACCGUGGGCCAGACCGGGUUUCUGCACUGCCGGGUGGAGCGUCUAGGCGAUCAGGAUGUUGCGUGGAUUCGGCAGCGUGAUCUGCAUAUACUUACGAUGGGAGCAUCAACCUACACCUCGGACCAACGAUUUCAGGUGAUACGGCCGGAAGGUUCCGUCAACUGGACGCUGCAGAUAAAAUACCCCCAAACACGAGACUCGGGCGUGUACGAAUGCCAAAUCAACACCGAACCGAAAAUGUCCCUGUCAUAUGUGUUGAAUGUAAUUGAGCUGCGUGCACGAAUAUUGGGACCGUCGGACAUAUUCAUAAAAUCGGGCAGUGAGAUAACCAUGGUUUGCGUCAUCCAGCAAGGACCACACGAACUAGGCACGGUUUUCUGGUACAAGGGAAACACGCUGGUGGAGCCCCUCGCACAGGAAAACGACAUCCAUUCGGGCGAUCGUGGACGGAUCACCAUCGAAACAGAUUGGACAGAUGCCCUGACAUCUAGAUUAAAGAUAAAGCGAGCUAUUCAGGGCGAUACCGGAAACUACACCUGUGUACCGACGAUGGCCCGCUCUGCAAGCGUCUAUGCUCAUGUAAUUAGUGGUGAGCAUCCAGCGGCAAUGCAGCACAAUGCGGCCCCCAGCACCGUCGGUCACCGAACGUUACGGCGCAGCAUGUGCAUACUAUUAUUAUUGCACCUGGCCACUUUGCUCUACCUGCUGAGCGAUCGGUGCUGCUCCCGGCGUUCCGGUGGACAGAGAAAUAUCCUGCAGCGACCAACGGCAUCCCAUCGUUCGGCCCGUGGCGUUGCUUCGGGCCGGCGUUGUGAAACGAUCGUUUUUUCCACCCAUCCCAGCUAGCACAAAGUUUCGCAAUUUGGCAUACCGGGCGCCAAAUGGAAUCUCGCACGUAUGAUGAUGCACCCGGGCACGGCCACACGUCGCACUGUCCAGCGAAACCUUUCCGCGCUCCCCGCGCAGUAGUGCCCUGCAGUUGCGGGGAAAUUUAUUGUUUCAUUUGCUGCAAAACGGCACCUCCGUUCGAACUGCACCUUUACCCCAUCGUUGCAUCCACCACACGUGGCUAGGACGCUAAGUGUCCUGGGAGCAGCUUAAAGAAAGGCGAGCAGUGCACACACACACACGCUCACAAAAAUAAAACCGUACAGACAAAAUCGAAAAUAUCUUCAUUCAUAGCGAGCAUUCUGAUUCAUCAUACAUACCUAAGGCAAGUGCUCUGCACAACACACAUGCAUGCCUCCGCAAACGAAUGGUUCGGUAAUAUGAAAGAGAACAAAUCAACCGAGUGUAGUCGACGGCAAGCCUGGAUUAAAUUUUCUUCCCGCUCUUUUGCCGGGCGCUGGGAAUAUAAUGCCCUUCCCAGCGUCAACCGAACGAGCGUAAGAUCCGCCGACCGGGGAAUCGCACGUAUGGAACCGAUGGCGAAACAACUGAAGCAUACCGUGGCAAUAGAAGCCGGACUGCAUUUUCCUUUGCGCGUUGCUUUUUUGCUUCCGAUCGAUCGCCCUGGUUUGAAUCGGUGUCGGUUCGGAAUUGAAUCAUUCAAUGCACGAGACGUGCGCUAGUUUUCUUCAACCGCUUCGACCGGUACCGGCGCAUAUGUUCGAUACGUUUCUUUGAUAGCAAAGCAAAACAAAAACAACACAACCACACACACAGACACACCCAUGAAAGGCACACUCACACUCUAGGUAGAUAAAAGAGGAUAAUUUCAUCUCCAAAUAUGUAUACAAAAUUAGAUGGAGUUUGCCAUUUGAUGAAAUAAACACAUUUGAAACACAACUUUCAA